UAUCAAACAAGCAGAGAAUUGAAUCAACUCAGUUAUUGAGAGAUGGAAAAGGUGAUAUUAUUAUUUCUGCUCUUCGCUCUCAACUCUCAAAUAACCAUGGGAGAAGGAAUUCUAAACACAACAAGUCCUAUUUCAGACUUUUGCACUAACAUACUCCCCCUUGGUUACAGCGGAAACAAAAGUCUUGGCACUGAAGAUGAGAAUGCCAUUCUUGAAUUGCUUGGGUGUCAGACGAGGACUUAUACCUCGACAAAUAGCACGAAUUGUGAAAUUCAAAGUUUUGAUAGCGUUAUUUGCGACUGCAGUCUCGAUAAGGAUGUUUGCCGGGUGACAGAAAUGUAGUAUAUUCAUUUUAUUCAUCCACUUAUUCAUUGAUUUUGGAGAUCGGGAUUUAGAUGGUCAAUUACCAGAAAUAAUCGGAAACCUUACAAAUUUAACAUCGUUAAUAUUGGUUUGGAACAAAUUUUCUGGCGAGAUCCCAACAUCGUAUGCAAAUUUAAAAAAUCUCAAACAUUUGAAUCUUGGAAGCAACAAAUUGGAAGGAUCAAUACCCCCAUUUCUUGGUGAUAUGAAGUUGGAUUACUUGGAUCUAUCUGAUAAUUCAUUUGGCGGUCAAAUUCCACCAGAGUUGGGUUCACUGAAAAAUCUAACAUAUAUGGAUCUAUCUGAUAAUUCAUUUGGCGGUCAAAUUCCACCAGAGUUGACUUCCCUAAAAAAUCUAACAUAUCUGGAUCUAUCUAGUAACUCAUUUGGAGAUCCAAUUCCAAUUCAAUUGGGUUCCCUUGAAAAUCUAACACAUCUGGAUCUAUCUGAAAAUUUAUUCAGUGGUUCAUUUCUUACUCACUUGAGCUCCCUUGUAAAUCUACGGUCUCUGAUUCUAUCUAGUAAUUCAUUUGAUGGUUCAAUUUCAGCUCUAGACUCCCUUGUAAAUCUAGAGUUUCUGAAUCUAUCCGCUAAUUUAUUUAAUGGUUCAAUUCAAACUCACUUUGGUUCCCUAGUAAAUCUAACAAUGCUGGACCUUAGUAACAAUUACCUCUCUGGUCAUCUGCCCGAUCAGCUUGAAAAGCUAGUUCUUCUUGAAUAUCUCAAUGUUCAAGGGAACAACUUGAGUGGACCAAUCCCAGACUCCAUUGGACAACUACAAGAGCUCCAAUAUUUGUCUUUAUUGGGAAAUAAUUUCGAAGCUCCUCUAAAUGCGGCUGCAUUUUCAAACUUGACAGAUCUUGCCGACUUGCAUGUAAGCGACUUAGUUGGAGGAGGACAGCCGCAGUUUCCUAAUUUUACAAAUAUGGUUUCCUUGAGACAUUUGACAUUGAGGAACUGUUCACUUGUUGGCCCUAUUCCUGACAUCGUCUGGAAUCUAAGCAGACUGUAUUUAUUGGACUUGAGCUUCAAUAGUUUAUUUGGUCAAAUUCCAGAUCAUUCCACUCUCAUCUCACCAAUGUACAUAUUUCUUCGAGGAAAUAAGCUCAAUGGGACAAUUCCAACAUGGAUAAUCAAUUCGACUAUGAACAUUGAUGUGUCUGAAAAUCUUUUCACAAACAAUGUCGCACAAAUUCAAAAGUUGCAUUCAAACUCAUCGAACCUGAACUUUUUCUCAUCCCUUAAUUCCAGUGACGACGGGGGUACACAUUGGGAACAUGUUGGCUAUAGCUGCAGCAGCGAACUAAAAUACCAAUUAAAUGACCAACUAUUUAUAAAUUGUGGUGGUGAAUCAAUGAAAAUAAAUGGAAGUAUUUAUGAAGGCGAUCUGAAUUCAAAUGGAAGUUCAACUUUCUUUCUGAGUAGCAGCUCAAGAUGGGGUUAUAGUAGUAUGGGAUCCCACUCGUCAAGAUGGGGUUAUAGUAGUAUGGGAUCCUACUCAUCAAUAAUAACCUACUCAUCAAUAAAUGAGGAAUACAUAUUGAACAAUACAUGCAUUGUUGGUGUUGGUGAUGAACCUCUUUACAGUACAGCACGUGUAUCCCCAAUCUCCUUGAAGUAUUAUGGAUUUUGUUUAAGGGAUGGUGAAUAUACUGUGAGACUUCACUUUGCUGAAUUAGUUAGAUACAACAACUAUAAAACCCCAUAUCUCAACAAAUCAGGUCGAGUUUUUAAUGUGGAUAUCCAGGGAAAGAAUGAACUUAAAAAUUUCAACAUAGAAAAGGAAGCAGAGGGUGUAAAUAAGGCUUACACUGUGGAAAUAGAAAAUGUUAUAGUUAACAAUAGUCGACUGGAGAUUCACUUAUAUUGGUCAGGGAAGGGUUCAUUGAUGUACCAAGGUCCACUUAUAUCUGCAAUUUCUGUAUAUCCUUCUAAAGAGAGCGGUCUGUCUCCUCCAAAGAUGGCUGCAAUCUCAUUAUCUGUCUUAGUUCUUCUGAUAGUGUUGAUAGUUUAUUUCUGGAAGAUGGAAGACAAUUCACAUGAAGGAAUGGUUGAGUUGUAUCCUGGAGGACUUUACAACUUCCAAAAAGUAAAAGCAGCUGCCAAAAAUUUUAAGGACAAACUUGGUGAGGGUGGAUUUGGAACUUUCUAUGAGGCAAAACUCGGCAAUGGAACAGUCGUUGCAGUUGAAAAGGUUUCAGCCACAAAAGAUAUAAUACGUGCAUUUCGAGAAAAGGAUUCUACAAUUUCUCUCAUGGAACAUCCGAACCUUGUAAAGCUGAUGGGAUGCAUUGCAGAGAAGAACCAACUGCUGCUUGUUUAUGAGGAUAUAGGCCAUAAUUCCCUUCAAAAUGCACUUUUUGGUUCAAACAAGUUGAAAUUAGAUUGGCCAACAAGGCGCAACAUUUGCCUUGGCAUAGCAGAAGGUCUAGCUUUUCUUCAUGAGUGCAAGCAGAAAAAUGUUCAUGGAAACAUUAAACCAACCAGCAUUUUUCUUGACAUGCAUCUCAAUGCAAAGAUAGCUGACUUUGGAUUUUCCAGGCUCCAUGAUCAGGGAAAGUCACUGGUGGAUGGAACAGUGGUAUACCUGGCGCCUGAAUACGCAAAAUAUGACCUCUUAACAACAAAGGCAGAUGUAUAUAGCUUUGGAGUUCUUGUACUUAUAGUUGUUAGUGGAAAGAAAGAAAAGAUUUCUAGCAGCGGGGCUGACACCGAGUACCUUCCAGAUAUGGCGGUACGUGAAAAGAAGAGAGAAGGGCAUUUUAUGAAUCUAGUUGACAAAAACAUGUCUAACACAAUGGAUUGGAAUCAAGCAGAAACAAUGUUAGAACUAGCAUUGCUGUGCUUGGACCAGUACCCAGAUCAAAGACCAACCAUGUCUCAAGUUGUGAAGGUUCUAAAGGAACAGCUUCCAUUGAAGGAUCUAAAGGAAAGUUUAAAGCAGCUUUCUUCUGUCAGAGAUCCUCAUCAACAUAGUGAGAUUUCCACAACUGAGCAGUCAACUCACCAUUCAAAAUCCAGGAGCACUUCAAGGGGUGGGAUGACAGACACCAGCGUUUCUGCUUCUCCCAGCACCGGGAGCAAUGCUUAAAGAACAACACUACAAAUCUAUGCUGCUUUUGAGUUGUUCUGCUGAAAUGAAUGGUUUCCCAAAAGAAUUAAGUGAGAUUUCUGAAACUCACAAGUGAUGGUGCACGCUGAUUUAAUUCCUUUUGGGAAACCAUUUAUUUCAAGCAGAACAACUCAAAACCAACAUAGAUUUGUACUUACACACCACCACUUGUGAGUUUCAUAUCUGUUGUGCUUUCCUAUUUUCAUUAUUGUUCGUGUCUCCUUUCUUGUUAGUAUAUUUUGCUUUUGUGAAAUAGUUGUGAUAUAUGACAUGCAUAUGUAGAAAUGUACAAUGUUAUUAUUUAACAGUUUUCACUUUGUAAAUUGUAUGUGUGUUGUGUUUCAAUUGUUAGAAAUAAUAUAUAUUCAUAUAAUUAAUUUGUAA